CCGACACCCCCGGGCCCCCCGACACCCCCGGGCGGGCCCCGGGGGCAGCGGCAGCACCGGAGCACCCCCGAACACCAUGGCUGCGGAAGCUCCGGGCGCCGCCGUCCCCUUGCCAGGUGCGGGGACCAUGAGGGAGCGGGGCGGGGGGUGAGGCGCAGGGCCCCUCCAUAACCCGUGUCCCCCCCUCUGCCUCAGCCCCUGCCGAGAGCGGCUGCUCGGACGAGUUCGCCCUGGACUGCACCUUCGCUGCCUGCGACCCCGAGCGGACAGGUAGCCGAAGCCCCUGUGGCCGUGGUGGGCUGCCCGCGGCGGUCCCUGAGCCCUCUGUGCCGCUCAGGGCUGGUGCAGCCGCAGCGGGUGGUGGAGUACGUGGCGGCCAUGACCGGGCACAGCGGGCGCGACGGGCGGCUGCAGGCGCUGCGGCGGGCGCUGGACCCCGCGGCCGCGGGCACGGCGCUGGACUGGGCCGCGUUCCGCAGCGCCAUGGGCGCCUGGAUCGCGGCGUGCCGGCAGGACGGGGCCGAGGAGCAGGAUGCGGGCGCUGGCGACGCCGGAGUAGUGCCAGCAGAGGACGAAGGACAGGCAUCCCCAGCAGCCACUGAGCUCCAGGGUGACAACACGGACGUCACCACCCCCAGCGCCGAGGCCGCGGGGCUGCGGAGCCGUGCUCGGCAGCUGGCGGCCCAGAACGCCAAACUGCAGCGGGAUGCCGAGCUGGCCGAGGAGCUCAACGCCCGCCUGGCCGAGGAGAUCGCACAGCUCCAGGCGCAGCUGCGAAGCAGCAGCCGGCAGGCGCUGGAGCAGGCCAGGGUGGCCGUGGAGGAGCUGGACGACGUGAAGGCCGUGGUGAAGCGGCUGGAGGAGGAGAACACCGAGCUGCGGCGGCAGGCACGGCACGCGGAGAAGGAGCAGCGCAGCCUGUGCUUGCAGGCCGAGGGUCUACAGGAGGAGAACCAGCGGCUUCUCGCCGAGGGCCAGGGCCUGCGGGAGCAGAUCCAGGCUCAGGCGGCUCGCAUGGCCAGCCUGGAGGCCCAGCUCUACCGUGGCACCGCCCUGCUCUCUGCCCGGGAUGCGGCCCUCGCCCAGGCAGGGCAGAGGGCGCAGGAGCUGACGGCAGCGCUGGAGGAGUACGAGCGCAUGGUGCAGGAACUGCGGCUGGAGACGACGCGGCUGCGGCAGCAGCUGGGCCAGAUGCGGGACGCCUGGGCCAUGCGCCCGUGGUGCCCCCGCGGCCAGCUGGACACCCCGGCCACGGCCACGGUGAGCCCGGUAAGAGGGGUCAGGGCGGGACCCCGCAGGGGCCCCUCAGCCACUGACCCACAGGCCGUGCCCAGGGGACAGGGGACAAGGAGGAGGAGGAGGAGGACACGGGGACGGCGCUGUGCGGAGGAGGAGGAGGAGGAGGCCUGGUGGGGAGCAGCGAGGAGCUGGCCGAGCAGGCGCCGCGGUCGCCGCUGUCACCGUGGGCUCUGGCGCUGCUGGCGCUGCUGGCCCUGCUCUACCUCCUGCCCCGCCAGUGGCCCCAGCCCCAGCUGCGCUACCGGAGCCCCCCGCCCCUGUGAGACCCCCAGUAAAGGCCGGCUGGGCUGUACCAGCUGCCCCAAACACGCGCCAGAGUCGGGGUGUCAGCAUGGGCUUUAUGGGCGCUGGGCCCCGCGUCUCUCCCUGCCUCUGGGGGUCCCGUGGAGCCCCCGAGGGCUUCCAGCAGGCAGCUGGGGGGUCUCCGUCUCUCCCCAGUGGCUCAGGCCAGCCUGGACGGGGGCAGCGGGUGAGCCCCCGCUGGUCCGGGGGCGUUCCCAGUGA